AUGAACAUGUCGAGAUCAUUCCUAGUGGAUUCCCUGAUAGGCAACCAGCCUAAGGAACUACAGUCGCGGUAUCACUUACCAGAAAGGCCUAUGGCGCCAUAUCCGCAAAACUACAUAAGCAGUUACCUAUUCUCGCUCAGCUUGGCUCAACAACAACAUCAGCAACAGCUACUGCACCAACAGCUCGGUUCCAACCAGUUUCAUUAUCAGCCCAAACAGCCAUUGAGACCAGUGCCUUCUAUGCCUUCAAUGCCAAGGAUUCUACCACCUAUGGCACCCUUAGGACUGGAUUUGCAGCAAAGCAAGUCUCCUGGAUCUGCUUCGCCAACUUUCAAUCCAGUUUCCUCUCCGACUCGUUCAGACAGCCGAGAAUCGACUCCAACUCCACCGCUCAGUCAUUCUAGUAGAAACGAGGAUAGCUCAACUCCUAGCAAAGACUCCAGCAAGAGGAUACGUACUGCCUUCACCAGCACCCAAUUACUGGAGUUGGAAAGAGAGUUUGCUUCGAACAUGUACUUGUCGAGACUAAGGAGGAUAGAAAUAGCAACGGCGCUGAGGUUAUCAGAGAAGCAAGUGAAAAUCUGGUUCCAGAACAGGAGAGUGAAGUUCAAGAAAGAAGAUGUUCCAGUAUUGGGAAAUUCUUCAUCUCCAUCGGGAAAAUGUUGCUGUUUGAGAACGUGUUCGAGUACCAGGAAGGGGAAGAGUUCAGUUUCUAGUUGCGAAGAUAUUGAUAUCGAUGUGACGAAUAUUGAUGAGCAUGAACAUUGA